UAAAGGCCCUUAACUAGCAAGGAAAUCUAAUAAAUUGUUAGUAAAAGUACUCUGAUAAUAAGGAAGUAAAACUGGUCUACCGAGAAAGUCUACUGUAGAAAGGUGAAGAAGGAUCAGGUAACUUCCUGGUUUGUGUAUUAAAGAUGAAGAAGUCAUUUUAAUUUGGAAGAACUGAAAUAUUUUAGUAUUCAAACUGUAAGUUUUGGUGAAUGCAUGUUAUUUGAGGAUUAUAUUUUGAGUGGAUUAAUUUUGAUCAUCUUGUGAAAGUCGGUGAUCAUCAUCAUUACAGAUUCACAACUUUAAACUAAAUACAGAGUUUGGUUACGUGACCUACUGACCAGAACUGACAUCAGCUGCUUGAAUGGAAACAAUGUUAUAGCUAACCAUUUUAAAAAUAUAUAUUUCUGUUUCCUAUCAAUUAUCCAGCAGUGAUGCCAUCUCAUGUUUUAUAUUGUCUUGGGAUCAUUGUUGUACAGCUUGCAAGUGAAUAUAGUUGUGAUAAAUAUACAAGUGAUGAGAAGUUUAGGAAUUUAGCAGUUGCAUCUGACUAUGUGUACAUUGGUGGGGAAAAGAAUAUAAUUCAGCUAAAUUCAACAUUAGAUGUUUAUGAAAAAAGAGAAAUAACUGAUUUUCCAGUCAAUUGGUUAUUAGAUGUUCACAACAAUAAAACUUUGAUUGCAUGUAAUUACCGGUAUAACAAAAACUCUGAUAAUAAUUUGAUAUGCCUUCAUUUUGCUGUUGGACCAAAUAUGAUUAAUACAACUUAUGAAAUUGGUCUUAAUACAGAGAGUUUAUCAGCAAAAUAUAUUAGUACUAAAUAUUUAGAAGAAAAUAGUGAAAUUGAAGUAUUAUUUAUAGCAUCAUCAUCUUGCUUUAGUCUUUUGAAUUCACCAAAAUGUAGAGCUAUUUCAGGUUGGUCAUUUCCUGGUCCAAGGAAAUCAUUUACAGAGUAUCCAAAAAAUUCUAAUGAUGGGAGAGAAUAUUCAGUACUUUAUUUGAAAGAUAGUAAACAUGUUAGUUUUAAAACUGUUCUUCAAAAAGAUACUUUUAUUUAUUUUCUUUUUAAAUUUAAUGAAACACAUUCAAAGUUAGGGAAACAGUGUACCUCUAGAAAUACUAUAAGUAAAAUGAAUUCAUAUGAAGAUACACCCAUCAUUUGUACAUACAAUACUAAAGUCUUCACGGAGGCACAGGAUGCAGUAUUUUGGAAGGAUUAUUUAUUUGUUGCUUUUGCUGAUGAUGUUUCAAGUGUAAUCUGUAGAUAUAAAGUAACAGAUAUUAAAACCAUAUUCAAGGAAUCAAGACAAGAAAGAAUUAAGUGUCCUUCUUCAAAUUUGAUUAACACUUAUUUUGCAAAUCAGAAAUUUGGAGACUGGUGCUACAAUAAGAGUACAGGACAAUGUGACAGAGUUUCUAUAAACCCUACAAAUAAUCCCUGUAGAGAUGUUAAUAGUGACUUCUGUAAUUCACCAUUGUUUGGAUCUAUAGAAGGAAGUAAACCUAUAACUGAGGAAAGAGUAAUCUAUAGUGAGGGCAGUUCAGUAAAUGGUGCCAUAGUAAAACUUGGUGUACUUCCAUUUCUUAAUCAUGCUGUUAUUUAUGCAGGAACCAAGACAGGAAAAAUAGGAAAGAUAUUUGUGACCAAAACAGACAGCAAAGCAUUAGGAAGAUUUAAAAUAGUACAGAAUUUCUCUCCAGUUUUGGACAUUAAAAUUCUUGAACAUGAUGUCUAUGUUAUGACUGAACACACAGUUAUAAAUGUUGCUGAUAAGGACCCAUGUCCAAAUACUAAUAAAUGUCAAGAGUGUAUGAAAUCAAUGAAUCCUGCAUGUGGAUGGAACAUUUACAGUUAUAGUUCCAAUUGUGUUGUUAAUCCUGACGCCACUGAUUGGUGGUUGCCAUCUGUUGGAGGACAGUGUAUUACAAUUAAGGCAGAAGAACAUAUACUUGAUGAUGAUACCAGUAAUGGCGGUCUUGGAAAAACUGAUAUCACAUUCAAACUGGAACCUGUUAUCGACAACCUAUUUGAUUUGAAAUGCCAAUACACUCUUGGAGGAAAGCCAGUCACAGCAAAAGACACAGGAGGAAUUUUCAUAUGUGAAAACAUAACUGUUGCAGAAGGACCAUUUCAGCUAAAUGUGACAUUUAAAGAUUUUGUGCUUGCUUCAACCUACAUUAAAUUUAAUAAGUGUUCUAACUUUACAAGCUGUAAUUCAUGUGUAACUGGGGGACAGUGCAGUUGGUGUCUGAAAACAUGUAAAAGGAGUACAACACAGUGUCAAAAAUAUGUAAAUGAAACAGACAAAUGUCCAAGGAUAACAAGUACUAAAGUACUGAUCCAUCAGAAAAAUUCCAAUGGAAAAGAUGAUACUGAAGAUAUAAGUGUAGGGAUAGCAGGUACAGAGGUUUUUGGUGCAAGCAAAGAUAUGCUGAAGUGUGUAGUUGGAAUGGACUCAUAUAAUGUUAAAGACUUUAAGGAUGAACAUGUUGUUUGUGAAAAAGUUAAGGUUCCCAGUGGGUCCACUGACAACAAAUUGUACUUGAAAUAUAAUGAAACAAAACUGGACAAUAGUGUUGCUUUAGAGGUAUAUGACUGUAAAAGUUAUCGAGACUGUGUUAACUGUAUAUAUAGACAUAGCCAGGGGUAUAAGUGUAAGUGGUGUGGAGGAGGAAAUAAUGGAAAUGGAAAUAAUGGAAAAGGAGGAAAUUGUCAGUUCUCAAGCGAUGGAAGUGGGUGUCCUACAAGCUCAUGUCAACCAAUUGAUGUUGAACUGCUUAGUGUUUAUCCAGAUUCUGGUCCAGAAAAAGGAGGUACUAACAUAACUAUAAGUAACAUUGGAAUCGGUAAUCCAGGAGACAACACAACAGUAAAAGUAAACGGUAUAGAAUGUACUGAGGCAAAGGUUAAAGAAGCAUCUGUAGUAAAUUGCAAGACUGGUGGUGCUUUUGAAUCAAGAAGUGUUGUUAUGGGUAUUAACAUAACAAUAAAUAGUUUAACAGUUAUGAGAACAGGAAAUUUGUUUACCUAUAAGAAAGAACUGAAGCUGAUAAGGUUUUACCCCCAAAAAAGUAUACAAGCUGGUGGUAAAAAGAUAACAAUAGUUGGAGAUCAUAUUGGAUUUUCAGGAAGUGUGUACAACAUUUCCUUUUGCAGUGAUGGUAACAAAACAUGCAUUCCUUGCAGGUAUAUAGAAGACAGGAUAGUGAAUACCACUAAAAUUAGGUGUAAAAUGGGCAAAUCUGUUAAUGAUAGAUUGAGACUCACAAAUUUGUAUGUUACAAUAGAUGAUAACACAGAACUAUUCUUAAAAAAAGAAUUUGAGUUUGUUCCAAAUCCAACAAUAAAGCCUAUUGAACCAGAAAGUGGAAAGGUCUUCAGAAGUGGAGGCUCAAAGAUUACAAUAAAAGGAAGUGGCUUUGAUGACGUUGGAGAAGUUAGAAUGGAUAACGUAAAUGAGUCUUGUUCUAUAGAAACUGACAGUGUUGUGUGUAAAACUCCUCCUUUUGUAAAGUCUGAUUUUAACAGGAGGAAAAGAGCAACUGGCCAAAAUGUUUUUAUUCAUUUUGAUGAUUACAGUCAUCUUUCAACACUCUACUAUGUUGAUGAUCCUACAUUUUCCAAAUGGUCAAAUGUAAUGGAGUAUGAGGAAGGUGAAAAUGGUGCACCUAUUGUGAUUGAGGGAAGAAAUUUUUUGGAUGGAGCAAAACGAGAGGAUUACAUUGUAAAUAUUGGACUUGAUGGGAAAUGUUAUAUAGAAGAAAUGACUGACUGGAACAUAACAUGCCUUCCACCAAAAAAUAAACCACGUACAAAUCACAGUGAUGAAAAUAUAGUGUUUGUUAUAGUACAGGUUGGACGUAUUCAUGAAAAACUUGGAAAUAUAAAAUACAUUACAGCGUUACCAAUAUUGGCAAUGGUGAUUGGAAUUUUAGGUGGUCUCCUUGUUGUUGCUGUUGUUUUAGGUUCAGCUCUAGUACUAGUAUCAAGGCGCAAGAGGAAAAUAGCAGAGAAAAACUUCCAGAUGGAGUUAGUAAAUAUGGAAGAUAAAAUCAGGGAAACCAGUAGAGAGGAAUUUGCUGAUGCCCAAAUGACUAUACGAGACAUUAAAUCAGAUCUAGUAACAUCUAGAGUACCGUACUGUGAUUAUCAGUCGUAUGCCUUCCAUCAACUAUUCCCUAACCAAGAUAUGGACACACAUCCAAUUCUAUUUGAACCAAUGGUAACAGAUGACAACAGAAGGAAAGUACAGAAAGCUAUGGAUAUGUUUGACAAGCUUAUGACCAACAAACUGUUUAUGAAAUCACUCGUGCAAACUUUAGAAAGUCAGAAUAAACUCUCACCUCAAGACAAAGCCCAGUUUGCUUCAUUACUGUCAGUCUGUGUGAUUGGAAACAUGAAACUUUUCUAUCAAUUGAUUAAUAGUUUACUGAUAGACAUGAUAAAAUCAGCAAACAAAAAGCAACAAAAAGUUCUUUUCAGAAGAUUUGAAUCAAUCACACAGAGACUUAUGGUAAACUGGUUGGCAUUAUCAUUGUAUGAUCAUUUAAAGAAAAAUGGAGGUAUGCAGUUGUUUAUGCUGUAUAAAGCCACACAAACAGUGAUAGAAAAAGCUCCUAUUGAUGCCGUUACUAUUCUCUGUAAAAACACACUGGCUGAAGAAAGACUAUUAAAAAACAGGGUGGAACAUGAAACACUGACUUUAGAUAUUGACCUGAAUGGAAACAGCGACAAGAGAAUACCGGUCAUUGUCCUAGAUUGUGACACAAUCACACAAGUCAAAAAGAAAUGUUGUACAGCUAUAUACAAAAACCAACCAGCAUCAGAAAUACCCACCCCAGAUGAUCUGGAAUUAGAAUGGCAUAGCGGGAAAAGUGGAAAAUUGACAUUACAGGACAUUGAUAGCAUCAGUGACCGUAGCAACGGGAUGGUACGCCUGAAUACCCUAAAACAUUAUAUGGUGAAGGAUGGAAGUGUGAUGGCCCUGAUGUAUAAAGAAUCAACAGAUCAAGAUGACAUAUAUGUAAAUCAAGGGGAUACUGUUGCUGCUGAUGGUAUUGAAGAUGAGGAAAAUAGUCUAGUUUGGUUUCAACAACAAAGAGAGAACCAACAUGUACAGGGAAGUAUUCCCACUAGUCCAGACCAUGUCAAACUAUUGAUACCAGAGACAACAACAGACAACCAGGAGCUUAAAUGGCAUUUGGUCGCUUGUAGCAAAAACAAUUGUGAUGUAGAAAAUUUUCCAGAGAAAUCAAAUUUACCAGAUGAAGAAAAGUCCAACAAAGAACAUGAAAUAGGAGAAAUAUUUCUUAACAGAUUAUUCCAUACAAAGCUGAUAUUAAGGGACUACAUUGAAGCCUGUUUUGAGGGGAUUACUGAUUCUCAAUCCUUAUCAAUACCUGUACGGUACUUUCUGUGUAUGAUUGACAAGCAGGGUAAGGAAGUGGGUGUCGAUGGAGAUAUUCUACAAUCUUGGAAAAGCGAAUGCUAUGCAACAAGAGUUUGGGCUUCAUUGAUAGCCAAGCCUCAGAUAUUAUUUGAUGUUAAUGUUCCAAGUCAUGUGGAACCAUGCAUGGAUAUCCUUAAACAAGUAUUCAUUGACAGCUUUACACAAUGUCCUCAACAUGUCACAAAGGUGAACUUCUUCAGGUCAAAAGGAAAAAGGGAUGCUUCUACCCAAAAGUUAUUAUUCUGCAAGGAUAUCCCAGAAUAUAGGAAAAAUGUGAAUUCUUUCUUCAUAAAAGUAGAGGCAGUCAAUGAUCAAGAGUUCUGGACAGCAAUGGAUGAAAUAUCUAAAGAACAAACCAUAGAAAUGAAGUUCAGUCGACAGGCCACUUUACAUCAGCUGUAUAAGUUUAUUGCUAAAUACAAAGAUGAGAUCAUAGAAGAUUUCCAAGAAAAAGAUGAGACUAAGGAUCUUGCCUUUGGUAACAAGCUAGAAGAAGUCAUAUAUCUGAUGGAAGAAUCAUAAACACUGACUCUUUUUCAUUAACAAAAGCAUUAUUCAUUCAUUUAACAAGUAUUUGAAAGUGGAAGAUUACCACAGCAUGAAAUAUAAGUCAUUAUUAACAUUACAACCAAUCAAAACUAUCAUUUUGAUAGAAUUGCAUCAUUAAUUUUUUGGGAGAAAAAAAUCAAAAUAGAAUUUUGAAAUCCUUUAUAUUUUAUAUGAAAGAAAAAUAUAAAGAUUUAAACUGAGUUGCCAUAAAGUGUUAGUUUUGAUGGAGAAUUAGUUUGAGAAUAUACUUUGGAUUUGGUCAUUAAUUUCAAGAUUUUACAUACAAUCAUCAGUUACUCCUGACAAAGGAAAGGAAAGUACUCCUUUAAUUUAAGGUCACUUUAGCAAAAGUUCAAUGGCUAAAAAUAGACUGAAUGUCACCUUAUUUUACAUUGAAAGUGAAAAAAAUUAAUUAAAAAAAAAUGACCAGAAGGAGGACAUUUUUAGCCAUAUCAAAUAUUAUAGCUAGUUUAUUUAGGCACAAAAUUAGAUUCCAAAAGCUCUUUUUUCAAUAUCAGUAAUGCAUGUACAAUAUAUGAAAGAGUAUAUCUGACUUAUUUAAGUAAAAAGUAAAUUGAGUUUUAAUUUUUCCUAUGUUGUUAUGACAUAGAAUUUGUUUGUUUAAAGAUAACAUUAUUUGUUACAACUUAGCUUAUACACAUAAGUGUCAAUGAAAUUUUUGUUAUGUUUUUUGUUUGUUAUAUAUUUUAUGUCUUUUCUUAAGGAUCAUAAUGUUUAUUUUUAUUCCAUUGUUUUAUCAGCAUCCUGUUGUAAUUUAACUCAUAAAUCAUCUUUUAUUUUCAAAUAAAUCUUAUUAUCAGUUGGUGCAUGUUUAUUUUAAGAACUAAAAAUGAUACAGGUUCUUGUUUUGUUUUAAGAUAUUAAGAAUUGUUUUUUAAAAGACUGUUUGUUCUUAUAAAGUUCUCUUUCAUUAUUCUUAUAAAGUUACUUCUCUUUUAUUAGUUAAAGACAGUUGUCUUUCUUUGAAGCAGGUACUUUAAUCUUAAGUGAUUGACAGGGUUUUUUUUUUUUUUUUGUGUACAAAAGUUUUUUUGUGAAAAGUAAAUGUGAUUACAAAUGUGUUUGUAUUUCAUAUUGUAAUUUAAAAUGUCAGUUGGUUAUUGGCUUGAAUAAAUUUUAAAUAACAGUGACCAUAUAAUGCUCAAGGUUGGAAGCUACAUCUGAAAUAUGAUUUCAUUCCCUAAUCUUUCACAUGGAAUCCUCCAUUUCCCCUAUAAUUUAUUAGGGUGGACUAGACAACAGACUAUACAACUAAAACUAAAUAUCAACCAGAAAAAAUAAUUUCAUUUUACUUGACUUUAUGUUGAUUCUCCACUUAUUGAUUUACAUAUUUUAAUGUAGAAAUGAGUGGAGAUUUGAGGCAUACAGAAAUAGGACAGUCGCCCAAUGAUGCAUAAAAUUCAAAAGACAUUUAGAGGUCAUGAGCAAUAAUCACCCAAAUAUAGAAAAGUUGUGAACAAAUUGGCACAGUAUCAAAAAUCUGCCAUCAAAACUAAAUGAAUUUUUUUUUAUUAAUAAUAAGUGUUUACUUAUAAAAAAAGAGUUUAACAAGAAAGAAGUCUCAUAAUAUUUAUGGUGACUUUUUGUCUUGAGAGAUUUAAAAAAAAAAACUAAGCUAAAGCAGAUAUUGUUGAUCAGCAACUUAUAAAAAAUUUGUGCAACUAUAGCUAAAAUACUGAUUAAAAUUCAUAACCAAGGGAAACAAUGUAUAAGAAGGCAGCCAAGGGAAACGGUGUAUAAAAAGGCAACCAAGGGAAACUGUAUAAAAAGGCAGAGUAUAAGGAUACAUAUAAAGCUUUCCUGUUAUAUACAGAACCUUAACUUUAAAAAUUUUAAGAAUUGUUCUUGUGAAGACUAUUUGUUCUUGUAAAUUUACUUCCUUUUUAUUAGUUUUAAACAGUGUCUUUAUUUGUAGCAAGUGCUUUAAUCGUAAGAGUUUGAAGGGUUUUGUUUUUUGUGUACACAAGUUUAUUUUGUGAAAAGUAAAAUUGAUUAAAUAAGUAUUUGUAUUUAAAAAUGUUAUUCAGAAUGUCAGUGGGUUAUUGGUUUAAAUAAAACUUUUUUUUAAAUCCAAAGACCAUAUAAUGCUCAAGGACAUAAGUUGAUACUGAAUUUUGAAUAACACUUGUCUAUAUAUUUUUACAAGCUGUGAUAUAUAUAAUGUGCCUUUUGAUUAUAUUGAAAAUGUUUUAUAUAGUUUACAUUCCAUUAUAAACAUUGACAUCUUUAUAAUAGUGCAAAUAUGUGCAUUUUCUCAUGGAGAUACAAAUUAUUGUCUUGCCUGCAAUUAAGGUCAAAGAAUUAGAGACAUAAUUUUUUCCAAUCUAGAGGUGCCAGCAACUGCGUUAACAAUUUGUAUAAAGCUCUAUAUUUCAAAACAUAUAUUUUAUAUUUUGUUUACAGAUGACCUAUGUUUUUAAGUCAUUGACCUCAUUUUCAUAGUUCAGCAACUGCUUAAAACAACUAGUUUUUUUAUUACAUGAUUUUCUCAUUUAUAAUGAGUAAUAAGAUAACUAUAUAUAAUAUAUAGAAUCAUUAAAAUGUCUACAUGUGUGUCACACAGGGUUCACCUGACUUUGACCUCAUUUCAUAGAUGUGGUCAAGUCUGUUUCUCAUUUACUUGAAGCAAUAGGUCAAUAUAUUUGUUGUAUGGAAUGAUUAUAAAUCGUAUUUGUCUGUCUGGCAGGGUUCAACUGACCUCAUUUUCAUGGUUCAUUUGUCAAUGUUAAGGUUUUGUGGUUAAGGCUAUUUACCAGAUACUAUAAGCAGUAGGUAUACCAUACUUGGUGUUCCAUAUAGCUGGGUUCAAUUGACCUUGACCUCAUUUUCAUGGAUGAUUGAUAAUUUUUAGUUUAUUUGAUUCUUGUAUUAAAACCUUUAUCUUUAAAAGAAUUUCAGCAUGUAAAUUCUAGUGAUUCAUUUAUUUUAGAUCAAAAGUAUAUUAUCAUUUCAUUAUUGUUAUAUUUAUGGCCAAUUUAAAAGCUAAUGUAAAUUAUUAAAGGAGAAGAACAAAGGCCUAAUCUGUUUUUAUACGACCGCCAAAAAAUUUUGUGGUCCUAUAUUGGUAUGACGUUGGCGUCGUCGUUGUCGUCCAAAGACACAUUGGUUUUCGCACUCUAACUUUAGUUUAAGUGAAUGGAUCUCUAUGAAACUUUACCAUAAGGUUCAAUACCACAAAAGGAAGGUUGGGAUUGAUUUUGGGGGUUAUGACACCAACAGUUAAGGAAUUAGGGGCAAAAAAUAAGCAUUUUUGUAACUUCCAGACAUAACUUGUGUGUUAGUGUAUGGAUCUCUCUGACAUUGUACCACAAGGUUCCAUAUCACAAAGGGAAUGCUGGGAUUGAUUUUGGGGGUAAUUACCUACAAAUUUUAGGAAUUAGGGGCCAAAAAAGGGGCAAAAACAAGCAUUUUUCUAGUUUCAUGACAAUAACUUGUGUGUAAGAGUAUGGAUCUUUAUGAAAUUGUACUACAAGGUUCCAUAUCACAAAGGGAAAGCUGGAAUUGAGUUUUGGGGUAAUUGCCAAAAACGUUUAGGAAAAAGGGGCCAAAAAUAAGCAUUUUUCUAGUUUCCAGACAAUAACUUGUGUUCAAGUGUAUGGAUCUCUCUGAAAUUGUACUGCAAGGUACCAUACCACAAAGGGAAGGCUGGGAUUGAUUUUGGGGGUAAUUGCCUCCAAAUUUUAGGAAUUAGGGGCCAAAAAGGGAAAAAAAAACAAGCAUUUUUCUAGUUUCAGGACAAUAACUUGUGUGUAAGUGUAUGGAUCUUUAUGAAAUUGUACUACAAGGUUCCAUAUCACAAAGGAAAAGCUGGGUUUGAGUUUGGGGGUAAUUGCCCUAAACGUUUAGGAAUUUGGGGCCAAAAAACGCAUUUUUCUAGUUUCCAGACAAUAACUUGUGUUCAAGUGUAUGGAUCUCUCUGAAAUUGAUCUGCAGGGUACCAUACCACAAAGGGAAGGCUGGGAUUGAGUUUGGGGGUGAUGAAUCAUAAGGGGGUUCAAAAAAUUUGGGGGGGGAUUUUUUUUUCAUUUUUUUUCUUUAAAAUUUCCAAUUUAAAUUGGUUAUUUCUGAUUUAUAUAUAAAAGCAAAUAAUAAUGAUAUGGUUUGAAUAGGUAAAUUAAAAAAAUUUAAGUUCUUAGACCACAUUCAUCCUGUGUCAAAAACCUAUGCUGUGUCAAAUAUUUAAUUACAAUCCAAAUUCAGUGCUGUAUCAAGCUUGAAUGUUUUGUCCAUACUUGCCCCAACUGUUCAGGGUUUGACCUCUGCGGUCGUAUCAAGCUGCGCCCAGCGGAGCAUUUUAUUGUGAUUUACCAUAAAUGCCUCAAUAAAUCUGUACAAAUGCACAAACUAAUAAGUUCCUUAUAUUGAGCUUUAGUUGUCAAAAUAUCCUCAGUAUUUCUACAAAAUAUAGUAUUCAUACAUUGUUGUUAUUUUCAUGUUUGAUAUUAAUAAUCCCAUUCAAACCAUUCAUGUUUAGUGAUAUAUUUUUACUUGUUUUUGAAUUUUAUAUUGCAAAUUUAAUAUAUAGUAUAUUUGUUCAUUGUUGAAUAUGAUCCACUGUGCUUCCAGCUUGAUAUGCUACUAAUAAAAUAUAUUUUUUGAU